UCGACCAAAACCUAAAGUGCUCUCUCACAGACAAAGCAAAGAGAGAGCAGUAUAAUGAUGGUGGUGGUGUUGAAUUCCUUGACCGAGCAAAAUUAAAAGAAAUUGAGGCAAAGGAAGCAUGUGGCUGGCUCCGUGCUGCUGGGUUCCCACAAUACGCUCAGUUGUAUGAGGAUUCCCAAUUUCCCAUCAACAUUUUAGCUGUCAAGAAUGAUCAUGAUUUUCUUGAAAAGGACCUUGUAGAACCUCUUUACAGACGACUAAAUACAUUGAACAAGUGUGCCUCAAUGAAACUUGAUGUGAACUUCCAAAGGAAAAAGCAUUUUAUUUCCAAGUAUGCUGGAAGAUGUGCUCAUCGUCAGGGCGACGACUCGGAUGAGGAAGAUCUGUGCAUCAGCAACAAAUGGACUUUCCAAAGAACCAGCCGCCGGUGGUCUCGCGUGGACGACCUGCACAGCCCGUUCCCCGGAGGAGACAGAAAUGGGUCAUCGGGAGACAUUCGGAUGAGGAACACCACCAGCAGUGAGAGCGUCCUCACGGACCUGAGUGAGCCCGAGGUGUGCUCCGUUCACAGCGAGAGCAGCGGCGGCAGCGACGGCCGCAGCCAGCCGGGCAGCCAGAGCGCCGGCCGGGAGCCCCUCGACUGCCCCGACAGCCCGGCCAUGCUGGACGCCACGCUCGUCGGCAGCGGCGGCCCACCGUCCCCCAGGGACGCCCUCGGCUACCCUCUGCACCCAAAGAACGAGAAACCCCCCAGGGCCAGAGCCAAAUCGUUUUUGAAACGCAUGGAAACUCUCAGAGGGAAGGGAGCGCACGGCAGGCAGAAGGGGCCGGGGCGGACCGGGGGCUUGGUGAUCAGCGGGCCGCUGCUGCAGCAGGAGCCGGACGCCCUCAAGGCCAUGCAGCGCGUGCCCAUACCCAUACCGAACGGAGACAUCCAGAGCUUGCCCUCCACCGCCGGCCCCCGAGGCCUCCUGAGCCCCGGCAAGUGGAGUGGGGAGAGCAGCCAGUCGGAAACCAGCAGUAGUGGGGUGAGCACGCCCGGCCUGAAGGAGCGGAAGUGCCAGGAGGCCAGCAAGCGCGGAGGCAUGUACUUGGAAGACCUGGAUGUGCUGGCCGGGCCGGCACCGCGGGCCGCGGGCGACCCCAACCACACACAGGAGUUUCAUUCCCAGGAGAACCUGGUGGUGCAUAUCCCCAAGGAUCACAAACCAGGAACGUUCCCCAAGGCGCUCUCUAUUGAAAGCCUGUCACCAACAGACGGUAGCAAUGGGGUUAACUGGAGGACCGGUAGCAUCUCCCUGGGCAGACAGCAGGGCCCCGGUGCCAGGGAGCCCAGGCUCAUGGCAUCCUGCCACAGAGCGAGCAGAGUCAGUAUCUACGACAACGUCCCGGGCUCCCACUUAUACGCCAGCACAGGAGACCUCCUGGACUUGGAGAAAGAUGACCUCUUCCCCCAUUUAGAUGACAUCCUACACCACGUCAAUGGGCUCCAAGAGGUAGUGGACGACUGGUCAAAAAAUGUCUUGCCUGAACUGCAGACACACGAUGCGUUGGUUGGAGAACCCGGCUUAUGCCCCUUCCCAUCUCCUAACCAGAUCACCUUAGAUUUCGAAGGCAACUCUGUCUCGGAAGGUCGGACAACACCCAGUGAUGUGGAAAGAGAUGGAACAUCUCUCAAUGAGUCAGAGGCCACUGGGGUCAGAGAGAGGAGGGACUCUGGCGUCGGGGCCUCUCUGACCAGGCCAAACAGGCGACUCCGAUGGAAUAGUUUCCAGCUCUCACACCAGCCUCAGCCAUCCACAGCACCGCACAUCAGCAACCAGACGGCCGGCCAGCUGAACCUGCUCCAGCGUUUCUCACUGCUUCGCCUCACAGCCAUCAUGGAGAAGUACUCCAUGUCCAAUAAACACGGCUGGACGUGGUCAGUUCCAAAGUUCAUGAAGAGGAUGAAAGUUCCUGAUUACAAAGACAAGACUGUCUUUGGUGUUCCUCUCAUAGUUCACGUCCAGAGAACAGGACAACCCCUGCCUCAGAGUAUUCAGCAAGCGCUCAGAUAUCUGCGUAGCAACUGCCUCGAUCAGGUGGGUCUUUUUCGAAAAUCGGGCGUGAAAUCUCGAAUCCAUGCAUUACGUCAGAUGAAUGAGAACUUCCCCGAGAAUGUCAGCUAUGAGGACCAGUCUGCGUAUGAUGUGGCAGAUAUGGUAAAGCAGUUCUUCCGGGACCUCCCAGAGCCUCUUUUCACCAACAAGCUCAGCGAGACCUUCCUCCACAUCUAUCAGUAUGUCCCCAAGGAGCAGCGGCUGCAGGCAGUGCAGGCUGCCAUCCUGCUGCUGGCCGAUGAAAGCAGGGAGGUCUUGCAGACACUGCUGUGUUUUUUGAACGACGUGGUCAACUUGGUGGAAGAGAACCAGAUGACGCCCAUGAAUCUUGCUGUGUGUCCUGGCCCCUCCCUCUUCCAUCUUAAUUUACUGAAGAAAGAAAGCUCCCCCAGAGUCAUACAGAAGAAAUAUGCCACCGGGAAGCCAGAUCAAAAGGACCUCAGUGAGAACCUGGCCGCCGCUCAGGGGCUUGCCCACAUGAUCACGGAAUGCAACAGACUGUUUGAGGUCCCUCAAGAGUUGGUAGCCCAGUCCCAUAAUUCUUAUGUCGAGGCUGCGAUCCAUGCUCCAACUCUGGAAGACCUGGGGACCCAGCUGGAAGAGAGUGGGGCAACUUUCCAUACGUACCUGGAGCAUCUCGUCCAGGGCCUCCAGAAAGAAGCCAAGGAGAAGUUCAAAGGCUGGGUCACAUGUUCCAGCACAGACAACACAGAUCUUGCUUUCAAAAAGGUGGGAGAUGGGCAUCCUCUGAAGCUGUGGAAGGCCUCCGUGGAGGUGGAAGCGCCCCCUUCCGUGGUUUUGAAUCGUGUUCUGAGAGAGCGCCACCUGUGGGAUGAGGAUUUUGUGCAGUGGAAGGUUGUGGAAACCCUGGACAAGCACACAGAAAUCUAUCAGUAUGUGUUGAACAGCAUGGCCCCCCAUCCUUCCAGAGACUUCGUGGUCCUCAGGACCUGGAAGACCGAUUUGCCCAAAGGAAUGUGUACCCUGGUGUCCCUCUCUGUGGAGCACGAGGAAGCCCAGCUCAUGGGCGGCGUGCGGGCCGUGGUGAUGGAUUCCCAGUACUUGAUAGAACCGUGUGGCUCCGGCAAGUCGAGACUGACCCACAUCUGCAGGAUAGACCUGAAAGGUCACUCUCCAGAGUGGUACAGUAAAGGCUUUGGACAUCUGUGUGCAGCGGAAGUUGCCAGGAUUAGAAACUCUUUUCAGCCCCUCAUUGCUGAGGGUCCAGAGACUAAAAUCUGAGUUUUCCCCAGUGUGACAUCAAACUCAGGGAAGAGGAAGUGAACGGAAACACUUGUGGGAGAGAGUGUGCUCAUGAGAAAGCAAGAGAGAGAGAGACUGAGUGACAUGGUUAAUGCUUAAAAAUGGAAACACUGAGAAGUUGGAAUGUUGAAGAUGCAGGAAUUUCUGAGAACUUUCUUAGCCUUCCUGGAGAUGGCUACAUCCCUACUAAUAUAAUAUUUUUAAAAAUCAGAACAUUUAUCUAUGUUACUUAAAAUUAAAUGGAUUAUUCCUUGUGCAUUGCCGAAUUUGCUAUUUAAAGGCUUCUAAGAAGCAUACUCUUAACUGUAAAUAAAUGUAUUUAUAGCCUAUGUACAUAUGUGUGUAUAUCUCUAUCCUUGCUGUAUAUAUGUACAGUAUCAAUUUUAUAUAUAAUUGCAUCUUUCAAAAAGGAACGCAUCUGACUCAGUGAGUCCUUUCCUCACUCUUGUGGUUCUUUCCAAGUUGCUCUCCCAUCUCCCUACGACCAUCCUGUAAGCUGAGCAGAAGCUGCUGCUAACACCAAGGUGUGAAAACGUGUAAUCUGUCAGUCUGCCCUGCUGUCUAACCAAAGAUUAGCUAACCAAAGGAAAACAACAGUACAAGGUUCUUAUUUGUUGUCAGUUUGUGCGUGUGAUUCAAAAACUGAGCUUAGGGUGUUGGAUAGAGCCAGGAAAAUAAUUUGUACUCCUCUUAAAAGCAAAGAAGUGGGGAAGAAGUUGUGACCAAGUGGAAGGCUAGGUUACCAGUUGCCAGUGGACCCAGCCAGGUGCAGUUUCAAUGAAAUGUCAGAUGCCCACAGGCCGCUGGAGUCAGCAUAAGUAACUGAAAGAAACUUUUCCCUGCUGGUUAGAGCCAAAUAGGAUAGCCUUUAUACAUUCACAGCCAAAGGGAGGCUCUGUGUCUUAUCAAGUUUUCAUAGAUAACAUUUCAUCAUGUUCUUAAAUGUCAUUCUCUAUGACCAGUGGCCUACUUGGUCACAGUUAAUUGGUAUUUUCUUACCAAUAUAUUGCACUGAACUUAACUCUGGACACCAGACAAGGGGAGGUGAUGGUCAUUUGAGAGUCCUGGACCAUUACAGUUUCAGGGAAUUCUUAUUUUGUUACAUAUGAUGCUCUAAAGAUAGAAUUCAUUAAAGUUUUGCGAUUUGAAAGACAGGGUUUUAAACUAAUGGUAAAACCAAAACUAUACUCUGCAAUUAGUUUUAGAAAAUAUAAACAGGUUUCUUAAUUUCGUAUUUCUUCAUUAGCCAGUCAAGCUUACCUAGAUGUUUGACCCAACCUUAUUUAUUAUUGUAGAGACUAAGCAGAUCGACUCUCCUUAACCAAUUGCUAAUGUAUUUUAGUUGUGGGGUUGGUUUUAUUGUAAUUCAACAAUGAAAGAGAAGAAGAUAAGUUAUUAUGUUUGGCUUCAGGGAGAGAUUUUCUUUGGUAAUCCAUGAGAGAUUGGUAUCAUAAUUUAGCAACUGGUGUGGGAGGAAAAAAAAACUUAAAUGAGUGUUUUCCCCUUUCUUGUAUUGUAUGCAUUUAUGUUAUUAUGUAAUGUUUUUUCCUAUAAGCAAUGUGCAAUUCUUUUAUUGAGAGAAAUAAAAAUGCUAUGUAUGAGUUCUAUAUGGUGCAAAGGAAAUCAUACCAUUUGUUUAUGACCCAGGAAUUUUUUAUUUCCUUGCCUACAAAAGAUGGUGCCAGCAAAUCCAUAAUUUUCUAUUUGGACAGUGCUCUGUGAACAAAAUAAAUUCACUUAUGCCAUGCAUCUUAGGUUUAACCAUAUAUGCUGGAUUACAUUCAUAUGCAUAGACAAGAUUAACAAAGUCUAGUUUAACACCUGUCCAGAGAUAGAAUCCUAGGUGUUUGGAAAAUGUGAUAGACACACAAAGAUGAAUCGUAUCACCGAGUUUAGCGUGCACACAAUCAUCUGGAGACCUUGUUCAAAUGCAGACUCUGAUUCAGGCAGUCUGGAAUGAGAGUCUACAUUUCUAACAAGUCUCAGGGAUGCCCAUGCUGCUGGCCCAAAGGCCACACUCUGGAAAGCAAGAGGAUACAAAAAACUAAUAUGAUUGUGUUUCUGACUCCUCCUCACUUCGAAUUAUCUGACUGACUUUUCUUUUUUUACACACAUACUAAUCACAUCACCACCACAUAACACAGUGCGUCUAAAAAAAAAAACCCAAAAAACAAAAAAAAGGAAAAAGGAGGGAAAAGGUGCAUCAAGCUUGUUUGUCAAGUACCACAGUGUUUUACUCAUGGUUAUCUUGCCAAUGGAAAUAAAAUAUGAUAUUGCAUUUAAAUAUUAUAUUUAUACCUCAUGUAUAUUUUUACCUCAAUUGUUGGUAUCAGUCAUCAAUUGUAAAUAAAUAAUUGCCAAGACAAAUACAUUUAUAUACAUUAAAUAUUUCCUAUUUUCUAUAAAA